GGGGGGAUCAUUUAAUAUGAUAUAUUCUUAUAUGUUUUUAUACAUUUUUAUUUUCAUUCAGACUAUUGAGGAGUACAGUAUGUACGACAUGUCUAAAAUGAAUUACAUCCCAAAUCAACAUAUGGAUUGUAUACAGAGACAAUACGCGUUCCAUGAUGGAAACAUGAUCUUAAAUCUUUUGUCUGUCUAAGCAACAGAAACAAUGAGAUGAAAACACCUUAUUUCAGUUAUUGUAGCCAUGGCUUUCUCAACACCCUACACAAUUAGUCAAAAUACUGUAAAUGUGAAGGAUAAAUGAAAAUGUUAUUUAUUAUAUUUACAGUAAAAGAGUUUUCUGCAUGAUUGUAUGCUACUGUGUGUGUGUGUGUGUGUGUGUGUGUUGGUGUUUUUGUGAGUGUGUAUAUUUCUGGGCAGAGUAGGUUUAUCUGUGAGCACCAGCUAUGUGCGUCACUCUGCUGUCUCUGCCACUGCACUUCCAGACUCAAACACUCACACUCACUCUCACACAGUCGCUUACAACAUACAGGCGCAGCACACACUCCAGAGGAAGGUAAGAACUUGUUAGCACUCUAACCAAAAUCAAGUUUAAAAACAAAAAUCAUUGCAAAUUCAGCCACCUUCCUACCUUUAUUUAAGCGGGAAAAGGUUGGUACAGAGAAUGACGCAGUUAAUGCCAUAAUGUUGUCGAACCUGAUCAUGUUUGCCCAUUAAUUAACACUAAGUGUAAACAUCGAAACCUGGAGUGACUUUGAGUGGGGUCUAAUUUAACAAUAAUAGAUGGUGUGGGGUUUAGUUAGUGAUGAUAAAUGGUAUGUUGAUAGAACCACUUUGUUCAUGCAUGAGGAGAUUCAUUUUGUACAAACAAUCCAAGUUUAUAUUGUGGAAAUAAGCAGCAUAUGAGAACUGUCUUGGUGUCCAUGAGCAAUGCUUCUAAGAAAUGUGUAGAAAUUAAAUACAUCACAUAACAUGGUAUGUUGUGAAAGCCAGAGGACAUUAAAUAAGAUAAUUUAUAACAUUGUCCUGCAGCUUACAUUUCCUAUAAUUCCUUGUCUUUCUUUUAUGUCGUCCUCUCUCUUUCCUUCUUUCUUUUAUGUCUUUCUUUCUCUCCCUUUUCUCUUCUUUCUUUUAUGUCUCUUUCUCUAUCUACCUGUAUGUCUGUCUUUCUGUCUGCUCCCUUCCUGCCAUGCCCUGUUCAUGUCUUUAUCAGUCGCCUGCAUGCUCGCUGUGUUCCCGUUUCCUGGUGUGUCUCAGUGGCACUGUGUGCCACCCAUAGGCCUUGCCUCAUACCACACGCACUCAUCCUGCUAUCAAAUUGAACUUGUUAGCUAGCAAUGACGAUGUGGAGAAGGAACCGUGUAUACAGAACUUGUGAACUUGAGGCUUUCAGAAAAUGUCCACUUACAAAUUGGCGUGAAUAUCACAAGAAGGGGACAGGAGUGGGCUCUUGGGGUGAACACGGCCAUUCUGUGUCAUUUCAUCGAUAUUUCUGUAUGUUAUGCCAAUGUAAUCACUACCAUUCUAUAGCAUCUGUGCUUGGAAUAAAAUGAAAAACAGUUAGUAUAUGUUAUGUGUUUAGGAUCGUUUCACCUUUAUGCAGAUAGUACAGUUGAGUGACAGGAAAUGUGUGUGUGAGAGAGAGAAGGGAGAUUGGGAAAUGACUGCCGUUCAGGAUCGAACUGGGUCUUUUUAGACACAUGGACCUGCAUGGACCAUCCCAGUUUGUUCAGCAAGAGGGGUAUUGUAAGUUAUUUCAGUAGGCUAUUACCAUUUCCAUAGUACAGCUUUCAUUACAUUACAUUACAUUACAUUUAGCAGACACUUCUUGACCAGCUUUCAAUAUGGCAAGGCAAGGCAAGGCAAGGCAAUUUCAUUUGAAUACAAAUGAAAGCACAAGGGAAAGAGUGAAAUAAUACAAUUAAUUGAGUCAGCAACUGGAGCAAUCCAUUCACAAAGCGUAUAAAACAGUUUUAGAAGACUGGUCUAAUUUGCGCCACUAGGCCUAUCACAUGCAGUGUGCAUCAUCAAACCAGCUCAGUCUGCUCCAUCUUAAUGUAUCACGCAAAAGCUUCUGGAAUGCAGUCUGUCAAGACCCAGCAGUUUUCAUAUAUUACUAUAAUUGAAUUUUAGUUUUGGAUUUGAUACAAACUCUGUGUUUAUUGGAAUUAAACAUUAUAAGAGGUCAAUCUUCACAAGAGUCAAUGGUCAAUAGCUAGUAUGCAUGUUGGACUGUUGGUAAAGAGCUGGGGUCUUCUAUUGAAAUUAUAUAAAGUCUUUAUUAGUCACUGAAGUACAUACAAUCACAUGAGGCCAUGACUUCAGAAUUGUAUUAUAUUAAAGAAUGACAUGUAAUUAUGAAUUAUUUUCACAGUACUACUGCUCUUCAUACCUCAGUAUUAUUGCACUGUAAUAAUAACUUGAAUUUCCCCUUGGGGAUCUAUCUCGGGGAUAUCUAUCUAUCUAAUACAAUGUAGUUCUCUCAUAACAAAUGCACUGUGAAUUGAGGUGCUGUGAACACCUCUUUUAUAAAUGAUGUAUCAAACUGAUAAUUAGAAACAACCCUGCCCAUGCUGAUUCAGUGAAAUUGAAAUCUAUGUAUUUAAGUAUACAGUGCAACCGGAAAGUUUUCAGACCCUUCAGACUUUUUUAAAAUAAAUUUACACUCCAAACACCUGCUUUUUUGUGGAGUAUUGGAGUAUUGUGUGUAGAUUGAUGACAAAAAGUAAUUGAAUGUGUUUAAAGAUGAGCCUGAAACGUAACAAAAUGUGGAAAGCUUGAAAAGGUCUGAAAACUUUCCGGUUGAACUGUAUCAUGCUUCUCGGAGCACAAUGGCUGAACUCCCUUUAGCAGGCACAAGGUGUCAAACUCUCCUCGAGCAGAACCAGCUAAUAUGACAUGAAAUGUGUGUGUGUGUGUGCAGGGGUGAAAGGGGGGGGGGGGGGCGCAGUUCCGCCACCUCAGAUAAAUUAAUAAUACAUAUAUUCUUUCAUACCAACGAUAUAGCGCGAUGAUGUUGUUAAAAUAAUUGGUGAGGUAAUUUUUCGUGUGUACAGAGGUGACCAAGAAGCUAGCAAUUCUUGUCCAAAAAGUAUUGCUACACCACGAUACUCAAUAUGUUGUCCAACGGUAUGGGGCUCCAGACAGGCUGUGUGAUCAUGUCCAUGGUCUUCAGCAUCAUGACUGCUGCAAGUGCUGCUGUGGAGGCGUGUCCAUCUCCAUGUUCCUGCAUCAGGAGCGUGGUCGAUUGCAGUAGGCGUGGCCUCACCACCUCUAGCAUGCCCACCUCCUUCCCCGCGGGCACCACAGAGCUUCGUCUCUAUGACAACCGCCUGACUGCGCUGCCUGUCGGAGUGCUGGAUGCACUAACUAGUCUGAGGAGCGUCUCGUUGCAUGGCAACCCCUGGUCAUGUGACUGCGGCAUCCUCUACCUGCGAGGAUGGCUUCUCAAGCAGAGGAACGAUGGUCUUAUAAGGAACGUGAGCUGUAGUUCUCCCCCUGGCCUGCAGGGUACGCUGGUGGUGAAUCUGGUGGAACAUGACUUGCUCUCAUCCUGCCGCUACUGGUUCUGCGACUUAGCUCUAGCAUCCCAGAUAAGUCUUAUCAUCUUCAUCAUCAUCCAGGCUCUUCUGUUGGCCUCUGUUAUUUUCUUCCUCCGGCGCUUCGACCGCCUGUCCAAAGAGGCCCGACAGACUACAGAGGAAAGCAUUGCCGGGGGAGACUCUGGUGACAACGAAUAUGUCAUGCUGAAAGACAGAAGCACUUGACGGGGUCUAGGAACAUUCAAUCAUAUCACAGAUAGGCGAUAGAUAGAUUUGAGGGGAUAUUAUAUUAACAUUUUAUUCUUUUGCACCAGAUCCACCACAAAUUAGUUGGUUACAAUAACAGUUUUGUGCUCUGCACAAAGAGAGCCAGCCAUCCAAACUGAGAGAUCACUGAUAUAUCUCCUCUCAUUUUGUCUUUAUCGCUUAAGUGUUGAUAAGUACGUAGAGUCAAAUAUUGCAUGUUCAAUGUGGUUACACAUCUACAUUUUACAUACUGUACAGUCCACAAUAUUCAACAGGGACAUUUUGUGACCACAGUGACCUCAUGAAAUUGGCGGCAACAUACCUUUAUGCCUGUUUCAGAGGCUAAAUAAUCUCCAUGAUUCCUUAAAUCAACUAUCUGAAUGACCAAAUUAGCAUGAGCUGGGAGAAAUGGGGUUAUAUCUGUGGGACAAACAGAUUUUUUUUUGCCUGUUUUACUUUGCCUUUUGCUGAAAAGACUUCAUAACUGUAAUGUGAUGAGAUGCACAUUCUCCUUUUAUAUAAAGUGUUUCUGUAUAUAUGUGGUUUGAAAUAAACUAGUAUUUUGGUUUGAA